ACGGCUUCCCUCCCGGCGCAGGACUUACUUGCGACUGCAAUCUCCUCCUUCAAUCACGCGCUCUGCCUCCGUGCAACCCCAUGCUCACCCUGAUUUCACCUCACCUCGCACGCAAUGGCCCCGACAUCCCUCCUGCCUCAAUCUGCUUGCCCCGCUGCUCGCCGAUGUCGGCCGCCGACCCCUCGGUGAUGUCCCCGCCUCCGCUCCCUUACCCUCCGCUCCGCUGCGAACCUCCCUCUCCGUGCUCCUCAACCUCUUUGUGUGCGUCGACUUCACCACCAAGAUCUGGAUCUGCCCGCUCUGCUUCUCCCGAAACUCCAAUGUCCCUGCCGAGCUCUUCCCGUUCACCGUCCCCGGCUUGCCCCGGUAGUGGUUUUCGUCCUUCCGGUUCACUCCCCGGCGAAUUCCAUGUUGAUCGACGGGAUGGGGUCCGUGGUCACGACGUGAGCGACUACCACGGCGAGGAGCGGCACAGGCUCGUGAACCUCAUCGCGGAGACUACUUAGGAUCCAUGAGCAGGUCCACCACCCACCUGGUAAGCCACUACACAUCGCCUCGCCUGCUAGCUGGGCAUCGAGUUUCAAUAGUUGAUUUGAUUCCACGUGGUGAAAAAUUGGAUCUGGUGCGCACUACUUGCGGGCCGGUGUGCUAGAGGGUCGAGGGGAAGAAGUAUGUACGCAUCAUGAGGAAGCUGGUGACUCGCUCUUGAGCCACUGCUGGUUCACAUAGUGUCUCAGGGAGGGGAGGCGCCUUGCAAAGGACCCCUACUUGAUGGUAAGUGGUGAAGAAGCAGGGCCAGUCCCAGAGCUGCUUGCUCGUUCCCUUACACAAGGCAAGAAAAAUGCCAUCAUGGAGGACUGGGUUUUCCAAGAGUUACCUGAUGAUUUUUGGGACACUCUUCCAGCCAGAGCCAGCUAUAAAGUUAACCUUGAUGAUUCCGAUUCUGAUUUUGAGUCUGCCCUACUAAAAAUUGUCGUAACAUUCAGGGUUCAGCUGACAUGCACACGACAACAUAUUUGGUGUUGGAGGACACCAUCUUCCACCACACUUGACAAGGCCAUCCUGGAAGGGUCUGUGCCCUUUGACGGCCAUCUCAGGAGCCGGGGAGCAUGUGUGGACUGGUACCUAAGCAAAAUUUUCCACCCCCUAUCUGUUGCUAUCAUGGGCUCAUGGCUGCACAACCACCACAGUACAUAUCAUAUAAAUGAUGGGAAGGGGAAGAUACAAUGUUUGCUUCCUUAUGAUUGUUGCCAAAUUUCUCUACUGUAAACACUACCUAGCAGAAGGUGAUCCAUAGUUUCCGGCGCCUGGUCAUAGAUGAUGCACUCUUCAGAGCUCUGCAACCCAUGACAAUGUCUCCUAGCAGCAGUCCAACAAUGUCCAUGCAUCAUCAGCCAAAAGAAUUUUUUGACUCAUGGAAGGACAUCGCUUUUCCAGAUUUGCUUGGCCUCAGGCGGAUUUGAUAAACCAUAGAACAUUGCGACAUAGGCUGAGGCUGCACAAUACUGCUGGUCGCCGAACAAGCACCACGAGGUCAAGAUACUGGUAAUGUUGCACCCAUGCCUGUUGUGGAAUUGCUUCCGCCGCUGCCUAGCCAUUGGCGCGAACAACACUAUAGGAAUUCAAACUUAUGGUUGCUGAGUUUGAAGUUUUUUAUAUUUGUAUUUUUUUCCACAGGCUUCACAUGAGCAAAUCAUGAUUGAAGACAUAUGUGUUACUGAGUAGGCUUAGAGCAACUUAAGAGUCGCGAUGUCUGGUUUGAAUUCUUUUUUAGGGGAUGGUCCAAUAGUAUUGCUAUCUCGAAAUCCAAAAUAUUAUUUUUUUUGUCGACCUUCAAUUGUCUUGACUUUAUUUUUUCCAA